UUGCUAGAAAUCUAUUCUUUCAGGGACGGAGGGAGUAUAUAUAUUAGAGAAAGAUUAAUAAGUUCUGGCUGAUCCCGAUUCGGACAUAUCCUUGCUUUGAUCACAAGAAAGAAAAUCCAGUUAUAUCUCCAUACAAAGGGGGAAAAACUCGGCUGGAGUGUCCAGGUUCUGUCAAUAAAACAUCGAGGUCCUCUUCGCAAAAGGCGGCUACCAAAACGCUCCUUUGCCUUCCCUUCCCCACUUCCCCGGCCCCUGCCUCCCGCCGCCGACAGCCCGACACCACCACAAACCCUAGCAGGCUCCACCCCCCGCCGCCGCCAUGUCGGACCCUCGGAUGUUCCCGUCCGGUUCCGACGACCGCACCGACCCCUCCGACACCGAACGCCGGCUGUACAAUCCGUACCAGGACCUCAACAUGCCCUACAGCUACCGGACGCUCUACGACCUGCCCACCUCGCCGGAGUUCCUCUUCCAGGAGGAGGCCCUGGCGCAGCGGCGCUCGUGGGGUGAGAACCUCACUUUCUACACGGGCGUCGGGUACCUCUCGGGCGCCGUCGGCGGCGCCGCCCUGGGCCUCCGCGACGCCGCCAGGGGCGCCGAGCCAGGGGAGACCGCCAAGAUCCGCGCCAACCGCGUGCUCAACGCCUGCGGCAGCUCCGGCCGCCGUGUCGGGAACACGCUGGGCGUCAUCGGCCUCAUGUACGCCGGGAUCGAGAGCGCCAUGGUCGCGGCCCGCGACCGCGACGACUGGGUCAACAGCGUCGCCGCUGGGCUUGGCACGGGCGCGCUCUUCCGCGCCGCCAACGGGCCGCGGUCCGCCGCCGUCGCAGGCGCCCUCGGCGGGAUCCUCGCCGCCGCAGCUAUGGGGGGCAAGCAACUAGCCAAGAGAUACGUCAAUGUCAUAUGAUCGUCAGGUCGUGUUUUUUUGGUAGCAAUGGUUCGCAUGAGCGAACAAAUGAAUGAUAAUCCGUGCUUUGUUAGUCACGUAAAACCAGCUGAAUGGGAAAUUUUGAGCUGCAUUGCAAUGCAACAUCGUGCUUGUAUUAUUAAUACGUGCAUUGUGGCGUUGUUGAGCAAUUAGAUCUGGUCUACUAGUGUGAUCUUGUCUGGAGAUGUUUAGUUCUGCUUCGUGCUUUAUUUAUAUCUUUAUUUAUGUUGAGCGAUAGAUGGAGAUCCGUUUCUCUC